AUGCGCAUCGGCUACCAGAUCGCGCUCUCUCCGCCCGACGACGCCGAGGCGCGCCCGGACUGGAGCGCGCUGUCCGACGGGAAGGGGCAGAGUGAGAGAGAGGUGAAUUAUGUGGAUGUGGCAAAACCGCGGAACCAAAAAGCAAAAUUUCGCGCACACCUGCUGUCCCCUGCUGAGAAAAACACGCUCUCGUCCCCACUCUACUGGCUACCCCUGCGACUCCGCUCGCUCUAA